AUGAGUUGGAGCCCGCAAGCCGGCGGCCUACAAGAGGUCGAGCAAGUGCUACGCGACAGCACGCAGAAUCAGUCGGCCGAGGUGCAAAAGGCGAUGACGCUGCGACUGCAAUCGUUUAUGCAAGUGCCGGACUAUCCGUGCUAUCUGGCCCACAUCCUCGCGUUUUCGGGCACGGAAGAGGAGCGGGUGCGGACUGUGGCGGGGCUGGUGCUCAAGAACGCGGCCAAGGGGAUCGCGAGUGCACAGCCGCAAGUGGUGAGCUACGUGAAAGAGACGGUGCUUAGGGCAUAUGCGGACACGAGUGCCAUGGUGCGCAAUGCCGCUGCCCAGGUCAUUGUCGUUGUGCUCGGUGCGCUCGAGCCUGCCAACUGGCCCGAGGCACUGGCGGCCCUGCUGCACGGCCUGGACGGCGAUGUCGCGGCCCAAGAGGCGGCCUUUGGCGUGCUCGAAAAAUGCUGCGAAGACUAUCCGCGCAAGCUCGAGGCCGAGAUCCACGGCACACGACCCACCGACGUCCUCAUUCCCCGCUUCCUCGCCCUCGCCGACGCUGACGCAAGCAAGAUCCGCACCCUCGCCCUCACCUGUCUCUCCCACUUUAUCCCUGUCGCGUCCCCCGUGCUCUGGUCCCACAUCGACUCGCUCCUUGCGGUAUUGUUCAAGCACGCAUCCGACCCCGCUGCCGAUGUCCGUCGCCAGGUCUGCCAGGCCCUCGUUCUCCUCCUCGCUGCCCGUCCCGACAAGCUGCUCCCUGCACUGGGCAAUGUCGCCGACUACAUGCUCUUUUCCACCCAGGACCAGGACGAAAACGUCGCCCUCGAGGCAUGCGAGUUCUGGCUCACCUUUGCCGAAGACCCUGAUCUUGGAGACCACCUCCGUCCGCUUCUCCCGCGUGUCGCCCCGGUCCUGCUCUCCUGCAUGGUCUAUGGCGAGGACGAUCUCAUCUGGCUCGCGGGAGAUGAAGACGACGCGGACGUGCCCGACAGACCAGAAGAUAUCAAACCCAAGCAUUUCGGCGCCAAGGCACACGGUCUCGAGUCGGAAUCCUCGGCUGAAAAGCCCGCUGGUCCCGCUGGAGACGAUGACGAGGACGAGUAUGAUGAUUUCGACGAUGAUGAUGACCUUUCCACCGAGUGGAAUCUCCGCAAAUGCGCCGCCGCAGCCGUCGACGUGAUUGCCGUCAGAUUCGGAGCCGACCUCUUGCAGAUCCUCAUGCCCCAUUUGCGAGAUCGUCUCUGGAGCCAAGACUGGAUCCAGCGCGAGAGCGGUAUUCUCGCCUUGGGCGCCAUGGCAGAAGGAUGCAUCGAGGCCAUCGAGCCCUAUCUCGCCGAACUCAUUCCGUUCUUGAUCAACACGCUCAACGAUCCCAAGCCCCUCGUUCGUUCCAUCACAUGCUGGACACUCGGCCGCUAUGCGAGCUGGUGCACCUCCAACCCGAGCGAAGAGCACAGGAACAAGUAUUUCGUGCCUGCCAUGGAGGGCCUCCUUCGUAUGGUUCUGGACAACAACAAGCGUGUUCAAGAGGCUGGCUGUUCGGCAUUUGCCACACUCGAAGAAGACGCUGGACCAGCUCUCGAACCAUAUUUGGACCCUAUCCUCAGGAACCUGGUGUUCGCCUUUCAAAAAUACCAAGCUAAAAACUUGCUCAUCCUCUACGACGCGAUCGGUACACUCGCAGACGCAGUCGGCAGCGCUCUCAAUCGUAAAGAAGUCCUCGACGUCCUUAUGCCUCCGCUCGUGGAACGUUGGGGCCGUCUGAGCAACGACGACGAGGACCUGAUUCCGCUUUUAGAGUGCCUGUCCAGCGUAACAGUCGCGUGCGGAACCGGGUUCCUGCCGUAUGCCGAGCCCGUGUUCAGACGGUGCGUCGAGAUUGUGCACGGCUCGCUGUUGCAGUACCAGGCGUUCCAGCAACAGCCCGAGACGAGGGCCGAACCCGACAAGGUCUUUUUGAUCGUCGCGUUGGAUCUGUUGAGCGGUCUCACGCAAGGCUUGGGCGCACAGAUUAUCUCGCUCGUCCAAGGAAGCCAGCCACCGCUGCUCCAGCUCUUGGCAGUAUGCUUAAAGCACCCCGAUCCACCGGUCCGCCAAUCCGGGUACGCGCUCGUAGGAGACAUGGCCAUUUCGUGCUUUGCCGUCUUGCGCCCGGUCAUUCCGCAGAUCAUGCCCGAGCUCAUCGAGCAGAUUAUGCCCGAGCCCAAGAUGGAGUUUGUGAGCGCUUGCAACAAUGCUGCGUGGAGCGUGGGCGAAGUCGCGCUGCAUUACGGAAACGAUCCGGAAUUCGCACAAUGGGUCACGCCGCUUAUCCAGCGCCUCAUUCCGAUCCUGUUGAGCCCCAAGAGCCCCAAGAGUUUGACCGAGAACGCGGCGGUGACGAUCGGGAGAUUGGCCCUUGUCCAGCCGGACAUGGUGAGCCCGCAUCUCGAAGUGUUUGCCCAACCUUGGUGUCAGGCCUUGUCCGAGAUUAAAGACAACGACGAAAAGGAUUCGGCGUUUAGAGGUUUCUGUGGGUUGAUCGAGAGGAACCCGAGCGGGAUCGCCAAGGCGUUUGUGUUCUUCUGCAAUGCGGUCGUGAGGUGGACCGCGCCUUCGCAAGAGCUCAACGACUUGUUCUCCAAGAUAUUACACGGCUUCAAGCAAAUGAGCGGAUCGCAAUGGGAGGCGCAAAUGGCGGCUUUCCCCGAGGGCAUACAGGAACGGUUGAGGUCACGUUAUCAGGUCUAG